UGGUCAUGCUCGAGGAGAACUCUUGAAUCAAAUCAAGAAAGGCCCAGUCAUCCGCUAGCUCGGUGUUUCUCGCUGGUCAUAAUUUCACGUCUUUUGCCGAAGCUUUGUCAACAAUAAAACAAUUCCCUAGUCUGAAAGAUGGACCACGCGACAUAUCAAAACUCUCUAGUAUAACAGCCUGAUUGAGGAAAAGAUUUCGUGGCGUCAAAGAACCUUAUGAAGGUGCAAGGUAUACAAUUUAUCCAUGUCCCGAAAGCUCGAGAAUACCGCCGUGGUGCAAAUCAGGAGAGCCAGGUGCAUUUCUCUUGGCACCACGAUUGCAAGACGUGGAAUGGAAAGGGCCCCUUGGGAUCACUAUUUGGAACUCCACAAAUUUCGUUAUUUCUGCCCGUGGAGGUUGGCGCCAUCAACCCGCAAAGUUCGAUCAAUCCGCGCUGUGGUUCUGUGCAAAGUACGGGGUAAGCUCUGUGAAAAGGUCGAGUUUAGCUGUACUCCGUAUGUGGAUUCUGCCUUUGGUCAUCAAAUGGGAGUUGAACCGGUUUCUGCCGCUCGUGCUAGGCGCCGGCUCGGCUGCUUCAUGAAGAUGAAGCGAUCCACUUUUGACCCGCAGAUCAUCAUCGGUUGCAAAAAAGUGCGGGACAAGUUCUCCCCAAUUCCUCAAAAAGAGACAAGGAUUCAAGCCAAGCAUCAAUCUUGGUGUAAAAGUGGGGAACAAGUCGUAGUUGGCCUGAAAAUCAGGAAAUGAUUCAACACGCUUUUCACCCCGUUAUUGUUUUUCGCAAGUAUCUGGAUGCGAAUUUUGGCAACAGGGUCGGUCAGUGCAUACGUAGAUAGAGUACCGCGAUGCGACGACCUUUCUGGUGUCCAGGACUGCCCUCGAAUUCGUUGGGCCGUACUCAAAGAUCUGCAAUAACAAGUCCGUCAAUUGCAAGAUGCAAAUUAAGUUUCAAUCAAGUAAGAGAAAUUCUCGUCAACAAGGAAUGACUUGAACACAAUACUCAAGGAUCAGUUAGCGGGCGGACAGUAAUCAAGGGUGUCACAAGCGCUAAUAUUCCGAUGAUCAACC